AAACUUAAACCGGAGUGAUCGAACGGGGUAGUGAUAGAAUCGGAAUAAAAGGAGAAUAUAAGGGUACAGUACACCCUUUUGUAGUAUUAUUAUUCAACCAAGACAGCGACGCGGAUCUGUGACAGAAGAGAUAUUCAAAAGCCUGCGGCCAAAAUCACAGCCAUCCAUCCGUUUCUCUCUCUCGCAAGUCGCAAUCUCCAGUUCCAACUUCUCCCAAUCCCCAAAUCCCGAUCGAUCUUUCCUUCACUCGAGUAUCAGACCAUGAGUGACUACGGUGAGAAGACUUGCCCUUUGUGUGCGGAGGAGAUGGAUCUCACCGACCAGCAAUUGAAUCCUUGCAAAUGUGGCUAUCAGAUUUGUGUUUGGUGUUGGCAUCACAUAAUGGACAUGGCCGAGAAAGAUCAAUCUGAAGGGCGUUGUCCUGCUUGCCGCACUCCCUAUGACAAGGAAAAAAUUGUCGGGAUGACUGUUGAUCCCGAGAGACUGAACUCUGAAGGGAACAUGGAUCGCAAAAAGACACACAAGUCAAAAUUGAAACCUUCUGAAGGGAGAAAGCAACUAGCCAAUGUCCGAGUGGUUCAGAGAAAUCUUGUUUACAUUGUCGGGUUGCCCAUUGAACUAGCAGAUGAAGAUAUCCUCCAGCGUAAAGACUAUUUUGGUCAGUAUGGAAAGGUUCUUAAGGUUUCCAUGUCCAGGACAGCAACCGGUCUCAUCCAACAGUUCCCUAACAACACAUGCAGUGUAUAUAUCACUUAUGCUAAAGAGGAAGAGGCUGUCAGAUGCAUUCAGUCUGUUCAUGGGUUUAUCUUGGAUGGUAAAGGACUGAAGGUAUGUUUUGGGACAACCAAGUAUUGUCAUGCGUGGUUAAGAAAUGUGGCAUGCAACAAUCCUGAGUGCCUCUAUUUGCAUGAGGUUGGUUCCCAAGAGGAUAGUUUUACAAAAGAUGAGAUCAUACCUGCCCAUACAAGAGUUCAGCAAAUCACUGGAGCAACAAAUACUCUGCAAAACCGUUCAGGGAGCGUGCUACCUCCACCAUUGGAUGCUUAUUGCAGUGACAGUUCUAUUGCAAAACCAAUUGCAAAAGUUCCUUCUACUACUGUCACUGCAGCAUCUAGUUCUCCACCUAGUGGGAGCUCUGUUAGAUCUACUGCCCUUCCUGCUGCAGCAUCAUGGGGGACUCGUAUAACAAAUCAGCAAUCUUUGGCAAUUUCAGCUGCGUCAAAUGGAUCUUUGGACAAGCAUAGAUCUACAUCGGAAAAUGGAACUUUGGCUAUGCCUACUGCAAAGGCAGCUCAUUCGCAUGUAUCCACUAGUAACACUCUUCAGAAACCACCUCACAAGGAAGAAAGUCGAACAUUGGCUCAGAAAAGCAAACCGGGUAUGUUGAAGCCUUCGCAGAAUAAUAUUGUAGUUGAUCCUGGGUCCAAGAGAACUGUAUCACCUAAUAGAGAUCCGAGUAGUAAUCAAGUAUCCUGUAUAGUAGAAUCUUCCUACGAUAGCAGAGUCGUCGAGGAGCCUUCAGCUGUUGAGAAUUCUUUUGAUAGUACAAAUGAAAUCUCUGAAGAUGUACCUAAUGUUAGUAACUUGGCGGCUGAGGUUGCAUGGAUGGGGAUAACUACAAAUGCUAAAGAUGAAGACCCUGGUGUUCCAGUGGCUUCCGGUGCUUAUUGUGAUCAAGGUUCUAUUAGAAAACCUGGUAACAAUGUACCAGAUCUUGAGCAGUGCAGAAACAAUCCUCCUACAAACACUGGUGCAGAAGCUGACGUAUCACAGAAUAGGAUUCCUGGUUCAAGUGGAGAGUGGGAUUGGAGAUCAGAUUUGCAAUCCCAGUUGCAAGUCAACUCAGCGUUGGAAGUGGAUGGUCUAUCAUCGAUCAAUAGUAGUAGGCGUGAUGUACAGGCUGUUAGCCACUCCACUUAUAGGUGUACUUCAUCAAGUUCCAUCCUGGAUUCAGUUCAUACUGCUUAUCGUCCUUUCCAGACCAGGGAAACCUCUGGUGGAUUUGAUUCACAUACAGGGUCCUCCUUUGAAAUAGGUAGCGAUAGAGUGCAUCAUCCAAAUGGAUUUUCUGAGACUUCCAGAUCCGGUUCCAGUAUGCAGCAUUCUCUAUUUGCUAAUACUGAAGGCAGGAACAACAUUCAGAGUGCAGAGAAUGAUAUAAUUUCAAACAUUUUGGACUUUGACCCCUGGGAUGAAUCCUUGACUAUGCCACCCAAUUUUUCAAAGUUACUUGGCCAGAGUGAUCAUAGGGGCAGUUCUCUGGAACAGUCUAACCUUCUAAAGCAGCGUAAUGACCAGUCCAGAUUCUCUUUUGCUCGGCAUGAAGAAUCAAAUAAUCAAGCAUAUGUCAAUAAUAAUAAUAAUAAUACCUACAGCAUAUAUGGGCAGUUGUCAAGAGGUCAGCCUAUCCAGGAGUUUGGAGUGAAUCGGGAUAUCUAUCAUGAUAAGUUCAGGAGUCAAAAUGGUUUUGCUUCUAAUUAUUCUGGUGGAUAUGAACAGUUUACUGCUAGUCCUGGAUUCUCUUCUUACAAAAGUCCUGCUGUGAGGUCCCAAGUUUCUGCUCCUCCUGGAUUUCCUGCUCCCAGCAAAUUACCUCCUCCUGGUUUCCCUUCACAUGAAAGAGCGAACAUGUCAUCUGAUUUCGUUUCAGGAACUCGUUUGCAUGACUCGUCGUCCUCUGUGAUAAGGAACGCGUAUCAUGUACCACCUCCAAGUAGCAAUUUGAAUACUGCAGGAGACAUAGAGUUUAUUGAUCCAGCAAUUUUAGCGGUUGGAAGAGGAAGAAUCCAGAAUGGGAUGGAAAAUGGAGCAGAGUUUGAUAUGAGAUCAGGGUUCUAUUCUCAGCUAAAUUCCUUUGAGAAGGAGGCAAGACUUCAUCAGUUGUUGGCGCAGAGGUCUCAGGCUGCACAACAACAACAAGAAGUCAAUGUUAACAACUUUACUCCUUCAGUCUCGGAUCAUUAUUUUUUACUAAACAAACAAUGGCCUUAGGUCUCUUGAAACAAAUUGUACAUUAAAAAGGGCCACAUUUCUUUUUUUUUUUGAACGACUAAGGGCCACAUUUCUAUAUGAAUUGUUUGACUUGAUAGA